AUGAAUGACCCUGAAAAAGUGAAUCUUGAUUAUCAAAAGAUUUAUGGUCAGAUAAUAAAAAUAAUUGAAGAUAUUCAUGAUUUUAAAUUUCAAUUGUCAUCGUUUUAUAAAUUUAUCAACAUUAUCACAUUAAAACGUGAUAUUAGAUUCCUGGUGAAUUUAUGUCAAACCGAUGAAUCAUUAUUCAAGGCUUCCAGAUUGAGUAGUCGACAGUCAGUACAGCUUAAACUUGAAUACUGUAAAUCUUUGUCUUCAAAACAAGAAUAUCUCCCUUGUACUAUUCAAUUAACAGGAGUUAAACACUAUCCAACAAUCUAUAGCACGUUGACUGUUCAAACAGGUGAUAUAUCUAGAUGGAGGAAGCUUAUGAGUCGAACUAAGCUGUCAACAAGUGAACAGCUGGUAUUUAGGGCUAAUCAAAGCUUACAAGUACCUGUUACCUCGCAUAAUAUCACAUGUGUUAUUCAUUCAACAUGUCAAGAAAUUCAUAUGUUGCAGACUAUUCUAGAAUACCUUGAAAUAUUAACUGAACAAGUAAUUGGAUCAGAGAAUCGAAAUGUAAACACCAUUGACUAUAAUGAUUUAAACAAUUUACUGUGUGAUAAUGUAAUACACAUUUGUAAAAUUAUGUCACGUUUAGUUGAAUAUGUGAGUAGGAUUAACAAUCGACGAUUCAUGGAUCGAAUAAUUGUACAUUUAAGGCAUAAAUGCACAGCCAACUUCUUUAUAUAUCUGAUUGGUAAAGAAAGAAGUAGGAGAGUUCAAUGA